AUGGAGAGCUCGCGGCUGCUUGCAUUGUUAGGCGCCGCUUUCGUGCUGCUGCUGGGAGUCAACGGACAGGAGGAGACCGAGCUUCAGCCGCGAGCCCUGGACCUCUACUCCACCGUAGAAGACACGUCCCACGAGAAGGAGCUGAUCGAGGCUCUGCAGGAGGUCCUGGAGAAGCUGAAAAGCAAGCGGCUGCCUCUUUAUGAAAAGAAGUAUGGCCAAGUCCCUAUGUGUGAUGCUGGAGAACAGUGUGCGGUGAGAAAAGGAGCCAGGAUUGGAAAGCUCUGUGACUGUCCCAGAGGAACAUCUUGUAACACCUUCCUCCUAAAGUGUUUGUAAAGAAAUACCCCAUCCUCCAAACCACUGGAGAACAGAGAAAGACUCAACUGCUUUGCCUAGAAAAUCAUCCCGAAUCAUCCCUGUGAUGCCCAGACAGGCAGUGGGGUGGGGAAAAUGGUUUCCAUCACAAAUGAUCAAACGAAGAUAAAGUGGGGGAAAGAAAACAGUUACCAAGCUUAACUGUUGCUUUUGGGUUGUCUGAUACUUUGAUACUGCCAUGUCUUCUCAGUCUUGUCAUUUGAUUUUCCUUCCUCUUUUCACAUCUCUGUCCUUCCCAGUUGAUACACAUCUUGUGCAGCGACAGCGAACUGAUAUUUUGAAAACUAUUUUUGUAUGUGAAAGAUCCUCAAGAAAAUUAGCUCCAGAUAUUAAUCAUUAAUUCAUCUGCCUUCUUUAUAGUAAAUGAGCUAGGAAAGACAGAUAACUGAUGGAAGGCUACAGCAUAUUAACCGCAGACAGGACACUGUUUUUUAAAUACUUUCUCCCCCAUUACAGUAACAUUGUCCAUUUCCAGCCAGAGAAAAUGUAUAGAUUAAUAACACCAUUCUAAAAUGUCUUAUUGGCCAGUUGUUUUGUCUCUGCUUUGUAGAAAUUUCACCACAUGUGUCCAUGUUGGUCUUCUUGCAACCGAAUGGUAGCACAAAGAACAAUGGUAUCCAUUUCUAUACCACAUGCAGGGAAUCUUGGAGACAGGAAAGGAACAGAAUACCUUUUCUUGAUGAAAGGUCUAAUUUUGGUAUUUAAAAGGGCAAUUUUAUGGCAAACACACAUUGAGAGGGUAACUGGGCAAUUUUAAAAAGCACCCACCGCUAUUCAGUGUUUUGAGUUGAUAUUUGUUCAUUGACACAUGCCCUCUUCUUUCAUGUGUGCUUCUUAGUUAUUAAGUACAUGUUGUCUGAAACUGGUUCUAAGUUGGACUGAUAUGGAGCAGGUUUUUAAAAAAUCUGGAAUAACUGGAAGCAGUGCUAUUUGAACAGAGCAGGCAAACAUGGCUUCCAGGAAGUCAGGAAAUGCCAUUUGAGAAGAAAAGAGCUUAAAUGUUGCUUCCCUCAAAUCUUCACCUGGAUAAACUCCAUCUAUAUAUUGGACAUUCUUUUGGAUGGAGAAGAAGUGCACAAAUUCAUGAAUUAGAAAGAUGGUCUUCAAGU